UACACCAAACCAUCUGCUCUAUUGUAUAGAUCAAUGCUUGUGUAACACCGAGCUACCUGACACUGAAAUUGUAUGUGCAAGACAUCAGUCCUAGUGUGUCGUGCUGCAGUGUCAUCAUCCCACACAAUCUGCUCCCCUCCACACCAAGCACCGCUGGUUGAAUUCCAUUCAGGAAAUUGAAAGGGACUCGAGCCUGUUUGGGAUUUUAGCUCGGACCGUUGCAUCGCAUCUGGUCCGAGUGCGUGCAGACGACCAGUUACUCAUCUCUGCGGCCAGAAUCGGCGCGUGUUUCCGACCGCGAUCACAUUUCAUCAAUCACGAUCGCAAAUCGAUUGGGCAAUCUACAGAACUCACCGAGGAGGUGACAUGAACGGUGGCGUGGCAGAGGAGAAACAAGUAAUCAUGCGCUCUGCUCUAUCGCACGCUGUCAAAUCGAACGGAUACUCGGAGAACGGACGCAAAGGUGCGACUGCUCAUACGGACAUCAUCAAGUCUUUGGAGAAUCGACUUGCCAACUACUUCCCGAUCCACUGCGCUAUGGAAGAAAACGGUAGCAGUGUUGCUCGUACCCUCACUAGUCGCUACAAUGGAGUUCUCUCUCGGUCUCCCGUCUCGCCAGCGAGGAAUACGACGGAGACAGCGAAGACUCUGAGCUCGUGGGAGGACAGUCGCAAAAUGAAAGUCGCUCGGAGAUACAAGUAUUCUCGAUUGGAUUGGUGUGAUGGAACCAGGGAAGGAUCAAACGAGAGACGAAAUCACGUCAAUGGAUACCACGCACGCAAAGCAAAGUCUCAAAGCAAGAGAUCGCAUUGUGGAGAAGAGACGCAGCACGUGAGCGAGAAUGAGACCUCGAUUGCAAGAAAAAUUGCGAGCAGCUCGUUUCCCAGCUGCACAGAAACAGGGCACUACACAACACGCCCCGCAUGCAAUCCGGCCGAGCAGCUGAGGAUAUCGCAAGUUUUGUAUACCAAACCUCUAGUUGGAGGAUCACCUCACUGUGGAGCAUCGAUGACUGCAGCAGCCGCAUUGGCUUCAAACGCCAUCGCCACCGGCCACGCUUGUUCCGUAUGCGGCAAGAUAUUCUCAAAUUACGACGAUCUGAGCAACCAUAUUGUCACUCACAUUCAAGAGGCGUCACAGCCGAUGGUUCGUUGCCCUUUCUGCAAGCAUUCUUUCAACGAUCCGGUCGUUUUCUUCGAACACACGGCCACUCACGUCGACGACAAUCCAUUUCAAACAGUUUUCAACAAAGAUAAGAUUCGAACUCAAUCCCAAGAAUCAAUUAAAGAAAGUGAUCAUUUAUCACCAUCGGCAUCCAUUGCUAAUCAACCCACCACUGAGAGCAGGCAGUUUAGAGAUGACACCGAAACUCACGAGUCCGAGCGCAGCAGGCAAUUCGAGCUAGACCGUUUUAGUCGACGACGCGACGUGAAUGUGUGCGAGAGCAAUGCGACGAGGAGCGACGCAUCGGCCGACAGCGGUGUGUCGUCGCUGCACGCGAGAACGGCACCGCCGCCGUGCGUGCCGUCUCCGCCGGUGCCCUACUGCCUGUCCCCUCUAACGUCGGCUCAUUCCGUGACGAAGACUCACUUCUGUUUUACCGGCUCGGCUGCAGGCGCAAUGUCAUCCAUAGAGAAAUCCUAUGAUUACACAUACUCGCCUCCCUCAUCAUCAACUCCGUCAUCAUCAAGUACGGACACGAGCAAUGCUCCACACUCCGCUAUCUCACGCGUAGCUAAUCCCACAGCUAAAAGUGUUUGUUCCGACUCGAGUGGCUCGCUAAGUCCAUCAUUUCAGGCUGUAGACUCGCCGUUAUCCGACACGCCGAACACGCCGUCACUACAAGCGGCUCCGACGAUGCGGGAAAGCGACACGCAAGAAAGACGUCGACCCGUCGAUACCCUCACGACCAACGGUUUCCGCUCGUUGUCGGAACGACCGCGCCAUUGUCUCCCACAAAGACGACGACGUUCUUCAUUUGUUCAGAGCGACGGCGACACCGUCAGCAUCGACCGUCACUCGGAAGACGAAAUGGGUCACGGCGACUACAUUCCCGCGCGACGCAAACGAGCCGGUUCGCACAGCGGCUGUUUGCAGUUGCCGCGAGCUCAAGUGACGGUGACGGCGCCGCCGGCUCCGGCUGCGACGAACGUCUGCUCUACGUGCGGCAAAUCGUUUCGUCUGCGCGCGUAUCUUCGCAUUCACCAGCGCCUUCACACCGGUGAGCUGCCUUAUCCAUGUCACGUAUGUGGCAAGAGAUUCAAUCAGUCGUGGAAUAGAAACGUUCACAUGCGAGUGCACAGCGGAAUUCAUCCGCACAGGUGCAAGCUCUGCUGCAAGAACUUCCGAUCGGCCGUCCGUCUGCGCGAGCAUCUCUCCGUCAUUCAUUGUUUGUCGGAGAAUGAAAUUGCGGAGAAGAUGAAACAAUCUGCUUUAGAAGAUAUGGCCAACGAAAUGCACGGCAGAGAGUGAGCUCGCGUGACCGGCACGUGACAGCUCAGUCCUAAUAACACGCGCACGUGCCUCAUUUUACCAUAUAAUAUCUUUGUUUAUAUUGUACUUGCAUUGUUGUGCUGUGGAGGAAUCGAACUUGUUUGACAGUUUAUGCAAAGUCUAUUGUAGUUUACCAUGUAUCUACUGUAGCCAUGCUUUCCCAAUAACGAAACUAAUAGAAUAUUGUUAGCCAUACCUAGGAA